AUGACGGCGAAGGACGUAAACAAGCCUUGUAAAAUAAACGCUAAAUUGUUGUUGUUCUAUCUAGGUACGAAAGUGCACAGAAUGAAUGGGAUUUACAUAUGAAAUACGGUGUUAUAACGACUGAAUAACGGGUGCACGAGAUGCAGGAGGGAAAUAUGAAUGACACUGUGCCUACCUCCAAGAACCACACAGGCUCCCACCCCAUGCAGACGCCGAAGAACGAGGACGCCUAUGAAAUCUCCAUUCCCUUUGAGGAGAACAACUUUGAGCAGCAAGGCUUCUUCAACCAGAAUGAACAGAGUUUUGACGAGUCGCCCCCUCCCUCAGGCGCCCCCCCACCAGGCAGCUCGUACCUGCUGAUCACCAACCUGCGGACGCAGCUGCAGAUCUCCCUGGAGAAGAACUCGUGGCUGCACAAACGCAUCGAGGACCUGGAGGAGGAGAGGGACUUCCUGCGUUGCCAGCUGGACCGCUUCAUCUUCUCUACCAAGACCCAGGGCCAUCAGAACCAGGCCCCCAGCGAGAGCCAGUACAGCAACGGCUAUGACUCUAGACGUUUUGAAUGGAAGGCGAGGAGAGAGGGAGAACGGCCAGCUGAGCAGAAGUCCGAGCCACAGCGUUUCACCUCUCGUCAGAUAUUCCAGCGAAGACCCUCCCCCACUGCGAUGGCCCCACCCAAAAACCACACUUCCAGCACGAUAGCCAAUCAGAUGGCUGCGAUGAGCUCCAUGUUCAGCUCCGGGGCCACCCAGACCCUCUUGCAGGGGCACAGCAGUGGCAGUAGCAACACUAACAGAACCACCAUGAGUGACAUGAAUGCACACGGGAGUGUAGGGCCAGAUUCCCUGUCCCUCCUGGGGGAGGCCGAGGAGUUCCUGGAGCAGGAUGGCUACAUGAACGAGGAGGAAAUGAUUUCAGGAGAGGAAGUGAUGGCAGAGGGCAUGAGCAGCGGUGGGCACCCAGGGAUGAAGAGGAGGCGGGUCUUCCGAAUCACCAGGGAGAGGCAGAGAGUCAAAGACGCUGCAGGGGUGCUGUUCCGCUAUAAGAAGAUCCUGCUGACCUACCAGCGGCUGAAGAACAUGUCCAAGGCCUUCCAGAUUCAUGGGGUGGACCGCAACACGGUGGCCUCCACCACGCCCAUCGCUGAGAUGCUGCUGGUGGCCCCGGAGAAGGUGGCGGAAGUGGGCGAGUUUGACUCGUCCAAGGAGAAGCUGCUGGACUACGCACGCCGCUGCUACAUCGCCCUGGACGAAGAGACACUCAGCAGGGUGCAGGCCCUGAAGAAGAACAACCUGCUACUACCCAUCUCCUACAGGGCCCCAUUUUGCAACGCCAAAAAGUGGUGCUAUUGUCUGAAGAGGCCGUGCUACUCCCAAAUACUUACAGUAGCAGUAUGAAGGUACAGUGAUCACAUCGUAAAUUUGUUGCAUUCCAAACUGGCUCUUUAUUUUCGUUAUACUUGAAAUAAGUGCCCCGCUGACUAUAUUUGAGGUAAUACGGUCUUUUUUGACGAUCAUCUAUUUUGCGCUGUCAGAAUUUCACCUUUUAGUGUCUUCAUGUAAAAGUGGUGUCAUAUUCUGCACACUCACAAAAGCAAUGCCAAUACAUCUUUAUUUACAGAUAAAUGUUUGCUGUUUGGAUAACAUUCCCUCAUUGUCUUUUUCCUAGCACUUCAAAAACAAGUGUAUUAUUUGUGCACUUAAAUGAUGACCUUAUUUAGAUAUAACAAACAGCCCACACCUAGUGAUUUUGGAUCUGUCUCUCAUUUCUCCAGGUUGAAAGGAGGAGAGGAUUCUCUUAAAGAGAAGGAAACUGACACGACCACAAACUGAACAAAGCAAAGAAUAGCUGCACGCUCUAUUGCUCAGAUUCAAACCUCUAGUAGAAUAAUUCCAGUGUUCUGUCAGAAAGCUUCCAGGUUCUGAAACAAAGCAAGUCAGCGAGCUGACUGACCACUGGUGUUGUGUCUGCAUCAGAACAACAGAAUAAGCAGAUACUCUUUGCUUUGGAAGAAGGAUGGGGACAGUUUUGGGAACAGUGCUACUGUGAGGCUAAGCUGUUGUACCACAAAUACAUCACCAAGUUUUCUUUUGCACCAGAAUAUAUUCUGUCACUGUAAAGUGCCACUGUAGCAUACAGUUGUGAGAUGUGUAAUUUGACUGAAGUGUGGUGCAGUGUAACAUCACAUACCCUUUGUACUGUUUUACGAAGAUUCGUUUUUUACUAUAAUUGUAGUAUGAUUUACUGUGCUGUUUCACUAUCAGUUGAGAUUUGUGCUUUAUUUUUCCAGUCCUCUACUGCAAUACUUUGUUUGCUUGGGAAUAAUUUAUUACAAAAAGAUUGCAUACUAUUAGGUUUAUCUUUUUUGUGUUCCAAUAAGCUCAGUGAUUUUCACAAAAGGGACAAAAUGCAAAAUGUUGAUUUUUAUUUGAACAUAUGUCUAUGUAUAUCAAUAUCAAUCACCAGUUCCCCAUUACAAUUGCAUGUGAAAUUAACUCUUGUUGGUCAGUUGUUUUGACAGAGCUGUUGUUGAACUUAAUAAUGAUGUUAAAAAACAAUAGCAGUAGUAUUGGCAAUGGUGUAAUAUAGUGGUAUAUUGUGUGUUUUUUAUACUGUAUACUGGUACAAGGAAUUGCUGAGACCCCAGGGUACCUCUCACUUUAAACUUCAUGUCUUAGUUAUUCACAACACAAACUCACCCAUGGACAGGUAUCAGUGUGUACAACUGCUGAAAUCAUGUUAUGUUCCAACACCUUUUAUACUGGUCAGAGAUGUCAUUUUGACUUUAAUAAGGAACCAAUAAUUUAGUGAAAGGUGCAGUACAACCUGUAUCUUUUAAGAUACCGGUCUCUGUGUGUGCAGCGUUAAAAAAUGUUUAAUAUUGUAGCCUAUAUUCAAAAACUGAAAAUGUUUGGUUGAUUAUACAAAUUGUAUGGACUGUAAAAAUAGAAAUGCCAUUAAAGCAUUUGAUUUCUUUAAAAAAUCAU